AUGUGCUUUCUAUGCAUACCUGGACUUGUGGUGCUAGUGUACGUGGCAAUUAAUCGGUCUUGCUGUGGAGAGGACUGGUGGUACACUCGGAGGCUGCUGCAGGUUGCUUCCUACCGGGGAUGCCGGGUCAAGGUGCUGAAGCGCUACUUUACGCCGAACAAGAAGGGGCAAUUGAAAUGCUCGGAGGCGGCUAUGGCAAUGUUCAAGGAUCCCCAGGGUGAAAAGCUCCGGGACUUGCUGAAGCAACAUGGUGACUUCCGUGCUGUAGAGGUGGAAGUGCAGAAGCUGUCGAUCCAAACAUCCAAGAAUGGAGUGGAGGGCGGGGGGAUGAUUGCCAAUGCUCGGAGAUGGGCAUUGGCCAAGGGACUCGUUCGAACGAACGAUGUGCACGGCUUGGAGGAGUAUAAGAUCCCGACCUUUGAGGGAUUCUCCUUCAGCAAUGAAGCGUCGCAGCAGAGCAAGGUGAAGGGAACCUUCGAAGCAGAGGACACUCAUACUGAUCGAGGUUUGAAGACCAAAGAAGACCUCCUGAAGUGCUAUGCCACCUGCACACGCCUGGACCUUGCACUGAAUGCCUUGAUGAUCCGUGGAAGGACGAUCAAAGUGCCCACAAAGGGCAAGUCAGCCCCGAAGAGCAAGACUCCAAAGGCCAAGGCCAAGCCGGCCAAGAGGCCGCACAGUGCUGGUGGAUCUUCCGCAGGAUCGGAUAUUCUUGAUAGCAUGCAGCUAGAUGGUUCUUGCAAGUACUCGAAACAGUUGGCUCGUGCAUCCUUGUGCUGUGCCAUAGGUCUCUGUUCUGGUGACCACAACUUCUGCAUUGCUGCCGCACUCGUGAACAACAAGAGGAUCACGACCUUGAUGCAGAAGCAGGAGCUGAGAGAGCUGGACCUACUCUACAAGUUGUCAGCUGCUGGUCGGAUCGAGAUCAGCUUUGUGGACACGCUUGUUUGCAAGAGACGGCCUUUCGUGUCAAAACAAAUGGUGCACUACCCUGUAAUCUUUCCAAGCACGUGGAUCAAGUUCCUCCUGAAGACUCAGAGCUACCUCCUCCUAGGUGGCCACAACCUCGAGGAUGAAAGGCACACUUUCUGUACACGAUUCCUCUACACUGUUGUGCCGGCCGAACUGUACUGGCACGAUGUCACGUUGACCAAGCUGAAUGAAGAUUUCGCUGCAGACCUAUGCCGUCUGUUCACAGAAGGGGUUCAGGUGGAGACUUCCAGGGGACCCAUCAGGAUCCAUUGUGCUGUCGUGGGGAUCAAAGGCGACUGGGUGUAUUUGAGGAAGGAAUGGUACAACCUAUCUCCCGAUGCCCCCUGGCGUGCUGCUGAGAGCCCGACUCCUUUCAAGAAGGAGGGGUCGCCAUUUUUCCGAGUGCCUGGGCUCACGGGUCCGGAGGCUGCUUUGGUCGAUCCGGCACACACGUGGCACAUGGGGUUGCCACGACAGCAUCUAGGACAACCUGUGUUGAGUUGGGCAUAG